UUUACGCUUCUAAGAAACAGUGGCAAAUACAAGUCCGGCAACGCUCAUCACAUUGACAUCAAGCUCUAGGAAAAAGUGCGACGUUAUCCUUCAGGAAUCCUGCACGCCCACUUCGAUGUCAGCAUCCUGAAAACACAACUUUGGGAAAAUUGCGACUCUACUCAUUGUAAAACCCUGCAACAAGGUGGCGGCAACCGACGUGAAGAUUGCCCCUGAUAUGUCAACUGCCGUAACCAAUGGCCACCAGGCGAGUUCGGAGGAUUUCGCCAAACAUGUUUUUGGAGCGCAUGAACGUGGACACGCUGAGCUUGUGGAGGAGGACACGAAAAUGUGCGGGAAAAUCCUAACGGUCCUAUCAUGGAUGGUCGUUGUUUUGACCAUGCCCUUCUCCCUCUUCGUCUGCUUCAAGGUCGUUCAGGAAUACGAACGGGCCGUUAUUUUCCGUUUAGGUCGUCUCUUGUCCGGAGGCGCCAAAGGACCAGGAAUUUUCUUCAUCUUGCCAUGCAUCGACGCCUACGCCAGAGUUGAUCUGCGUACGAGGACCUACGAUAUACCCCCUCAGGAGGUUUUGACCAAAGACAGCGUGACCGUGUCCGUGGACGCCGUGGUCUACUACCGCGUCUCCAACGCCACCGUCUCCAUCGCCAACGUGGAGAACGCCCACCACUCGACUCGCCUCCUCGCCCAGACAACCCUCCGCAAUAUCAUGGGCCAGCGCCCCCUGCACGAGAUCCUCAGCGAGCGCGAGAGCAUCUCCCAGCACAUGAAGGCCCUCCUCGACGAGGCCACCGACUCCUGGGGGAUCAACGUAGAACGAGUUGAAAUCAAAGACGUGCGAUUGCCCAUCCAAUUGCAAAGGGCCAUGGCGGCCGAAGCCGAGGCUGCCCGCGAGGCCCGCGCCAAGGUCAUCGCUGCCGAAGGCGAACAGAAAGCCUCUCGGGCUUUGCGAGAGGCCUCGGAGGUGAUUGGGGACUCCCCGGCUGCGCUCCAACUCAGAUAUUUGCAGACCUUGAACACGAUAUCGACGGAGAAGAACUCGACGAUCGUUUUUCCGCUGCCGAUUGAUAUUAUUUCGUACUUCAUGAAGUGCAAAGGGGCGGCCGAUAACCAGAGUCCUUUCUAAGGACGCGAGAUGGUCCUGUAAUUGCGCCAAGCCAUCGAAAUUUAUGUCCUAUUAAAUGAUGUAUGUGUCCUUGUCGCCGUUAGUGUCUUUCCUUAACAUUAUAUUAUGUGUAAAUCUCGAUUUAUUGAGGUGUUUUGUUUAUUCGUUCUGUGGGCUCUUUUGGACGUUUAUAUUGAGGCACAGUGUACACUCGUCUUUCAAUAUUACAUGUAUACAACGUCACCGUUUAGACUAAUUGAGAUAAUAAUAGCGAUAAUGCACGUUAGGUAGAUUGCUGUUCCGAUGGCUGGAUGUAGAGCCGCACGCAAUUGACAAGUGACAUUUUCAUUGCGUGCGACUGUACAUGCGCACAUAUUUAAAAAUGGCGACAAAAAAGCAUAAAACAACUGUCUGAAAAUUUCAUUGUUAAUAAUUAAGUUUGCUACGAGUUUCUGGAGUUUAUGUAGCACUUGUUUAACGCCGAACACAGAUAAUAGAGUUUUAUUAAGUUUUAUCACAAAGUUUAAAGAACCAUGAAAGUUCUACCAAUUAUCUUACAAUUGUUUUGUUGAAAAAAAUGAGCAUAAAAACUAAUAAAAAAUAUAAAAACGAAAAAAUAAAUCGAUAUAAAUGCGAAAAAUAAGAAUCAGUUAAAGAGAAUUGAUAGUUUCAUGGUUUGAAACAGUUGUACAGGGUGACCCAGUUAACACUGUUAUGAUAAAAUUUUUAUCAAACUACAGAGUGUGUCAGAAAUGGGUGAUCAGAUUUUAACUUUUUCUCUGGUACUGUAAAAACUGUUUUCACACAAAAUUUCAAAAUAUUUUGAAAAAAUUUUUCAAACAUUUUAUGUGUUUGAUAAUAUUAUUGAAACUAAAAUUUUCUUAAUUAUCUCUUGAACAACCUGAAAAAACUUAUUUGUACUAUAUUAUUUCUUAUACUUACGUAUUGUUUUCUAAAUCAAAAAUGUGUGGUAAUUGGCUCACUUAUUUCUAAAACACAUGUUUAAAUAUAAAUUUUUACAAACUAAGUGUUUUUACAAUGCAAAAUAUUUUAAGUAUUUUAUUGUUUUUCUGGUACUUUCUUUCCACAAUUUCUCUAAAAAAAGUCUCAAAUGGGACAACACUUUAUUUGUAUAUGUAAAAUUGUGUAAAAUAUGCUCACUUAUUUCUGAUACACACUGUAGAGUUAAACUUGGAACAAUAAGAUGAAUAUAAAAUUUUUACAAAACUGUAGGUAGUAUUAAUUUCAAAAUGCUGUGAAGUAUAAACACUCAAAAUCAGAUUUUUUGAUUACUGAUUAACGCAUUUGACCUUGACUAUCUACAGCACUUUGAAACAUAGUUAUGCUAAUAAUUUAUGGUGUUUUUAUUUAUUAAGCGAAAAGUUUAACUGAAUCAUCCUCGUAUAUACAGAGCGUCUGAAAGCUACUUUUAUCAAAAAUGAACAGUGAUAGUUUAUUUUUUAGAGGCACUAUUUUAUAAUCUUUUGAAGUUUGUUUAAUAAUAGUAUAAACAAUAUCACAUAAUAUAUAAAAUGUUUAUUGUUAAUUAAGUAUUUAGGGUAUAGAUAAACUUAUACAUUUUGUAUAGUUUUGACGGUAAUAGGGUCCACCCCACUUAAACACGGCACAUCACGACACAAGUAUUAUAAGCACGUUGUUUUACGUGGAUCACUCUGUAUAGUAAUUUUAGAUGUUUUUUAUUGGCCUAGAAUUUUGAGUGAGACUUUCGUCGUGCCAAAUUUCCUAAUUAAAAAUCAAAUUAAAAAUUUACAGGGUGGUCAGUAAUGUAAUUUUUUACUAAUCACAAAUCGAUAAAUCUGAUUUACAUAAAAUAGGCUGUGCAUAAGAGAGCCAUCAAAUCCUCUGUGUUAUAUUUAAGAAAAAAGGGCUAAGCCUGCUUAGUAUUAACAAACCACUUAUCAAAUAUAAAUAUUCGUGUACUGUUUAAAGUUUUUUUCGCUGUCAUUCAUGUCAUCAGCUUCUAGAUCUAUGUAAAUAGUAGAUGUGACCGGAAUUUUCGAUGUACCCGGAAAUCAGUAUGUACCAAUUUAGAUUGUUUUUCGAAGCCACCAUCACGUCUGUAUUUUGAACCACAGUUUUUCUACUAAUCACUGUACUGACUCAUACAAUAAACAAGACUUAAUAGAGCAUCUGUUUUGCUUUUGAUCUGACACUGUCACCGUUGCUUGAUUUUCGGACCACUCUACGAUGUCUCGUAAUGAUUUGCAGACUCUUAACACAAUCUCAGCUGAGAAGAAUUCGACAAUUGUGUUUCCGCUACCUAUUGAUAUGUUGACGUACUUCAUGAAGGCUCACGAGGCCGCCUCUUCGUAAAGGGGCGCAAUUUGCGGGCUUGUUAUCGACGAUGACAGCGGGGGAUUUUUUGCAGAUACUCAUUUACACGAUGUAAGUUUUAAACGAUCACAUUUUCGGGCACAGUUUAUCAAAAUAGUUGUAUUAUAAAAUAGCUGUUUUUCAAUGUUCUUAUUGUAUAAAAAUGUAUUAUAAUAAUGGUUAAAUAAAGUUCUAUUUACUA